GGCUUUUAUUUUGGCGGGUGGUGUCUCAGUGUCAGUGUUCACCAAUAUGGCGGCGCGCAGUGUGUUCAGGUCAGGGCUGUUUAAUGGCAGAGUGGCGAUAGUGACCGGAGGAGCGACAGGAAUCGGGAAGGCCAUUACAGCCGAGCUGCUGCAGCUGGGUUGCCGUGUGGUGAUUGCAUCGAGGAAGUCGGAGCGUUUGGAAGCUGCAGUUGAUGAACUUUCCCAGUUGAUCAUUUCCUCGAGUUCGGCUUCCAUUACUGCUGUGUGCUGUAACAUCCGCCAUGAGGACCAGGUGAGGAAUAUGGUGGCGUCCACGCUGCGUCAGUAUGGCAGGAUUGAUUAUUUGGUGAAUAACGGCGGAGGGCAGUUCAGCAGCCCAGCGGCGAACAUGAGCCUCAAGGGCUGGAAUGCUGUGAUCGACACCAACCUGACCGGAACAUUCCUCUGCUGCAGAGAGGUGUACAAUGAGUGGAUGAAGGAUCACGGCGGUACGAUCGUUAACAUCAUCGCUGACAUGUGGAGGGGGUUUCCUGGCAUGGCACACACAGGAGCAGCGAGAGCCGCAGUGGAGAAUCUGACGAAGAGUUUAGCCAUUGAGUGGGCUAGCAGCGGCGUGCGCAUCAACUCCAUCGCUCCGGGCUCGAUCUUCUCCAAGACAGCGAUGGAGAAUUAUAAAGAUCUCGGGCCCAUGAUGUUCCAGAUGGCUGUUCCAUGCAUUCCUGCAAAACGCCUGGGCUUUCCAGAGGAGAUUUCUCCAGCUGUGUGUUUCCUGCUGUCUCCAGCUGCUUCCUUUAUCUCUGGAGCCACUCUGAAGGUGGACGCGGGACAGAGUCUGUACGACUCGGUGUGGGAAAUCCCAGAUCACAGUGCGUGGCCUGCGCCCCCAGAAGGAGAGAAUGUCUGUGCUCUGCGGGAGGUGAUGAAGGAACUCAAACCCAAACUGUGAUGUGGAGUGUAGCUCAGUGCUCUGACCUGCAGGGGGUGCAGCUCAUAUUUUUUCUCUCUCAUGCACACACAGAGGAAUGGUGUCCUUGGACACUCAGUGUGUGAAUAAGGUGUGACAAACAGAAAUAACUGAAAUUCCUGAACCAGCUGCGUGUCGUACAUUCCCACAGUACAACACUAACCUGACACACAGAAUAAUAAUGCUAAUAAUAACAAUAAUGCUAAUAAAACUAUCAUUAUUAUAUUCUUAAUGAAAAAAGAUAAUAAAACAAUGUAAUAUA